AUGCCGAUCGAUUUCGUGACCAGUCAUACCCGCGGCUAUGCGUUUGUAAACUUGACCAGUCCAAUUCACGUGGAGCCUUUCUUCGAGACGUUCGUCGAUUUCUCCGACUGGCAGUGCCAGGUCUGCAGGAUGAAAUGCCAUGUGCAAUGGAGCGAAGUACAAACCUUACAGUCCAACAUCCUCCGCUACAAGGACAGCACCAUCAUGCUCCCAUCUGUACCCGAUGCGUACAAACCCAUCGUGUUGAAGGAUGGCGUGCGCAUCCCGUUUCCGCAGCUCUUCAGCAAUUCUAGGACCAAGAAGGGUUGGCGAAGGACGACGAACAUCGCAUGUUGUGCAACAGGAGACCGCCUCAUAUGA